AUGCAACGGGUUAUGAUCGUUAAAAGUGGCGCCACCAUGUCACCGAAGGUCCAAAAACGAUUAUCUGUUGGCUUCGGGGCGAAUGCAUCGGUGCAGAUACAUAAAACUGUAACGCUCACAGAUAUGCAACAACAGACCACCACCACCAGAGCCGACGCCCCAUCGUACGAGCUCCCUAACGCCAGUGACGACGCAAUUACCCCCGGCAGAAGGAAGAGCCUUCACGAAAACCUCCUGAUGCGUCUCUUAUCCACGCCAAGCGAAGAACCACUGUUCCGGAAAAGUUCGUCCGAAAAUGGCGAAUCUCAGCGCACGGCGGAUGAUUCGUUCGAUAGUUGCCUAUCGGGCCGAAGCUCACCGUUCGAUUUCGAUAUGCUAGGCAACUCACCCGAUAUCCUGCGCUGCAAUACGCCACCGGCUGCCGAAAACGCCACUCCAGUACCAAAUCGGCGCAUGCAGUUGCUUAUGCGUGAUUUCAAUAGUCCUUCGGCAGCGGCCCGUCUUAGGGCGGUGCGUGCUUUAAAUUCGGUCUCCAAGCGCAACGCCUACGGUAACUUUGAUGUGUCGUACGCUGAGCAGGAUAUUAUUACGGCCGAGGAGCGACACGAACAGGAUAUGCGCACCAUUCAGGAUGUCAUGCGCGAUGUGUGCGUGUAUGUUGAAGUGCGUUCCGGCACGGACAACCGAUCGGAUGGUAUCAAGGAGCACAUUGCAUCGCUGGGGGCGAAAGUGAAUGAACGACUGUUAAAAGAUACAACACAUGUCAUAUUUAAGGAUGGCUUGCUAUCCACGUAUCAGAAGGCGAAAAAAAUGAACGUACCGAUCGUGUCCAUCCUGUGGGUUGAAGCGUGCAAGCGGCACGUAUGUCUAAUGAAUCCGGUUGAUUUUAAGAUAUCAAAUCUGGAGCGGUACGAAAAUCCGGACCUGUUCAAGCGGAUUCGGCGUCAAAAAUCAAUGCAACCCGGCGCAGUCGACGCUAAUGGGCCGAAAAAACGUCCCGUUGCGGGAGGAAAGGCGCCUGUGUUGUCACCACCAUCGAAACUACCGGUACUGCAUCGAAUUCGCAAAGACGAUCGGCUGGAACGCAUUCUGAGCGACUUUGAGGCGGAAAAUCAAAUCACCAGCUCCAACGAAGGUCCCAUCGACGAGUACGAUCAGCUCCUUCAAGCGGCUCCAAUGCGCAUGCUAGAGCGCUUCCGUUCUACACCAACACCGAUGGACAGGGAUGAGGAGAUUCCCGGCACCGCUACACCCCUCGGGGAACAGGACGCAGGACCAACGAGCGUGGAAAAGGAUUUAGCGUCGACUUCCAAACGGGCGUUAUUCACGAAUCCUGACUCUGCCUCGAAAAGGCAACGCACUUCACCCGGGCUAGUAGCUUCCAGGGCACGGCGCAAGACUGUUAUGUUCACACCACAGAUGACGAAUGUUGAGGAAGAAACUGUGACUACCGAUGUACCCUCGGCGAAUGAGGAAACUCCAAAAUCCACCUUAGGGCGCAACAGACGCAAAACAAUUGUGGUAGAAAAUGAAGUGGCAUCGCUAACCCCACAGUUGGUUGUAGGAAAAGCCACACGACGACGUAAAACAAUCGUCGAACUUCCGGUGAACGAAAGCAACACCUCCGUUGCUGCUUCUCCUAGUAUAAUGACGAGAACUCGUCGCCGUUUGACAAACUCUAAUACAGACAAAGAAAAUAGUAUCGUCUCGGAAGCGCACACUAGUCCCGGCGGAAAGGAUCUUAAGUCCGUUGCAAAUACGCUGGCUAACGACAUGUCGGUGAUGCAUUUGUCAGCUAGCGCUAAACGGCGAAGUUCCAUCAAGCCUGCACAGGAAAUCGGUACACCGGUAUCCUUCCCCAACACAGUGCAAAAGGCAGCCCCUAGCCAGCGUCGUCGGCGAAAAACGAUCGCAUUUGGUAAUGAGGAAAACACUCCUCCAACGGCUGUCUCGAUGGACGUAACAAACUAUCACCCUUUGAAGGAGCGAAGGAUAACGCAACAAGGCAGCACCAUUUGCUCUGUGAAGGAUAUGGAUGUUUCAAGCGCAACCAUGCAGGCCGCCUCCCGAGACGAAGUAGCGAAAUUAAGCAGUUACGGUACGACGAUGAACGUUUCUGGAGCAUCAUCCAGUGUGUCAGCGGGUACGCUUCACCGCCGUACCUUAUUUAUUCCCUCCGUCGAGGGAGCAAUGGAUGCAAGAAACUCCGCAGGUAUGACUAGCUGCCACGAGGUGUCCUCUAUCAUGUCUGAAAGACAGCGUACGUUCUGUACGCCGGGAAAUUCCACCCCAAUCGACCCCCUGCAGGUUAGCGAAACCCCACCGGAUAUGUCCGGCGUGGAAACUCGCUCUCAUUUAACGCAUGCCGAUGGCAGUAGCAUCGCAAAUCGUCCCAAUCCCGUUUCUAGCUCCACGCCACAAUCGCUCGUUAGCAACGGCGGUGACCGUCGAAAAACGCUUUUAGAGCAGUACAACGACACGCUAACCUUCAGCUCGACACGUGCCCCAAACAUCCGGCGGCGUACCGUGUUCGACAUCACCAUGGACAUAAUGGACCACCGGUUGUCGGAGAUUAAUCGCCAGGCGGCGGCAGCACGAGCGGAGGGCCAACAAACGCCAGCAAGAAACACUGCAGCACCAGCCACCCAACAGCAGGAUAACCCGGGGCUGCAAUCUCCACCACCGCUGGCAGUCCAAACAUCACUCGACACGUACUACCGGAAGUCCGCGAAGUCAUGCGAGAAAUCGGCAACAUCCAGCGUGGCGAUCGAAGCACCGAAAAAACGAAAACUUUUCAACAUACAACCGACGGGAACGGAUUCACCGAUAGCUGAGGUGCGUCAGAUUGCGGCAGUGACUCCCAAAACGGCAUCCAAACGGCGCUCCUUGGCACCGGUAGUAGCCGAGGGUUCAAAAAGCAUCACGGCAUCAGCGAAAAAGCGCCGAACGACAGGCAUUUUCGAAUCACCAGCCCAGCAAAGGGUGCAGGGAUCGAGUAAAAGCCUUUUCCCCAUCGGUAGGGGUCUGCCAACGAUGGUUUCGCAGCGACCGCAACCACGGCAAUAUUUAGCUACGACCAAUCUUCAUAGUGAGCAGAAUGCGUUCGUGCAGGAGGCGAUUGCCUCGCUAAAUGGUUUCCUUGUGGAGCCCAACGUCACGGACAACACCACGCACCUGGUAACGCUUGAGACGCGUCGUACGAUAAACCUUCUCCGGGCACUGAUACGCGGCCUGUGGAUUGUCCGGUACGAGUGGAUCGUCGACUCUUACCGGGCCGGUUGCUGGCUGCCAGAAGAGUCCUUCGAAUUAAGGGAUUUCUCCGUAGCCGUGCAGAUCAAUCGCAGUGAGCGUCAAGCCUUCGGUAGUUGCUAUCGCAACGAGCUAUUUGGUGACUACGGUCCGUUUUGGGUAUCGCCGGGUUGCACCGUACCGGAAUUGCAGCUUCGCGAGCUGGUGUUGCUGUGUCGCGGCAAAAUUACGCGGAAUCGAACGCAGGCUAGGUUCAUUGUCGUAGAACCAAACGAUCCAGCACUGGAUGACGUCGAUGGUGCGCCAAACGAACAGCUAUACGUUACUCCUCUUUGGAUUCUGGAUAGUAUUACCAUCAAUAGGGUUAAGAAGCUCUCUAGAAAGUAUCGCCUACGAUAG